AUGGGCAGCCAAUCACUGGCCAGGGAAAGGAAUCGGCUUGGAUGUGUCGUCAGCCACAAUCGCAACAUCCGAGAGACAGGAGCCAUGGCCGAGUUCUUCCGUCGCGCGCUGAGUAACUUGCUGAACGAACAAGCAGUCAAGACAUUGGCCAACAACAAAGCGUUCCAGAACUUUGCCUUGCGCACGCACUUGCACGUGGAACAGACCAAGAAGACGGUGGCGGAGAUGGCGCAAAAGGAUAUCAAGCCGGAGGAAGCCCUUCCUGCGUUCAAGCACAUCAAAGAGUUUGGGCAGGCACUGAAGGAAGAGUUCCAGAAGGACCUUAGGAGAUUCAAAUAGCGUCUACUGCCUCAGGAGAUAUCGUCGUCUCCUACCUCCUCGACACGCAGACUUUGAAAUAUACCAUCAUCCGAAACUCACUCCCACGUUGGUUUGUGCACAAGAAACACCCCCUUUCAUAUUCGAGCAUAAAGAGACAUGCGCUUGUUCUCAGUCUUACUUUGUCAGUUG